GCGCGUCUUAAAGGGGCAGCGCCACACCGGGCUCCUCCCGGUUACGAGGUGGUUCCGGGGCGGCAGCGGCGGCACCGGCGCAUGGCGGCGCUUCCGCCGGGGGCAGCACCAUGAACUACAUGCCCGGCACGGCCAGCCUCAUCCAGGACAUCGACAAGAAGCACCUGGUCCUGCUGCGGGACGGGCGGACGCUCAUCGGGUACCUGCGCAGCAUCGACCAGUUCGCAAACCUGGUGCUGCACCAGACUGUGGAGCGCAUCCACGUGGGCAAGAAGUAUGGGGACAUCCCUCGAGGCAUCUUUGUUGUGAGAGGAGAGAACGUUGUUCUGCUGGGGGAAAUAGACCUGGAGAAGGAGAGCGAUACCCCGCUGCAGCAGGUCUCCAUCGAGGAGAUCCUGGAGGAGCAGCGCCUGGAGCAGCAGGCGAAGCAGGAGUCGGAGAAGCUGAAGGUGCAGGCGCUGAAGGAGCGGGGGCUCUGCGUGCCGCGGGCUGACACCCUGGAUGAGUACUGAGCCCGCAUCCCUAGGAGCCACGGCGCUCCCGUGGAUCCCACGUUGGGUUUUCCAUGGCGCAGAGGAGGAGGUGAUGCCUUUGGGUCCUCUCCUUGCAUGGAAGGAGGAGGAGGAGGAGAAGGGGAGGCAGGCGCCUGCCCCGUGCACUGGGGAGCACAAGGGGAGUGUGUUCAGGACGAAACCCACUUGGUCCUUUUGGGGUGGUUUUGCUUUCGUUCCUCUUCCCAUGCCUCGGGGGGAGUUUUCCCUUCACCUGUAAAUAAACCCUCAGUCUCCACA